GCGCCCAAUGAGAGUGUACGUUGUCGAAGAUGCUGCGGUAAAUAUGGGCUCGUUAUUUCCGGUUGAGAGAAAUGGCGGGUGACAGAGACAGAAUGGCGGAUCUUGAGGAUGGAGAACUAGAGUCUGAUCAUGAGUCUGAUAUGCGGGAUGCUGCAGCGGAGCGAGUGCAGGUAUCAUCUUUUCAGAGUAGAGGACCCUCUUUGAGCGCCGCAUCCAUCACAGGAUACCGCAACUGCAAGAACACAGACUCCAGUGACAGCAACUCUGACUCUGAAGAUGAGGCCAUGCUGUGGAGACACAAACGGCUCAAGUGUUCCAGUAUUCCAGCUCCUGUCCAUGCCAGGGCUGCAGCGGGCCCCUUCGCUCGCAAGGUCAACAACAUCUGGGGCUCUGUGGUGCAGGAGCAAAGUCAGGAAGCUGUCGCAGCAGAGCUGGGCAUCUUGGGAAUGGAAGGGGGCGUCAGCAUGAGCAGUCGGCAGAGUGAGACCUAUAAUUAUGUCCUGGCCCGCAAGAUGAUGGAAAAAGAGCGUGGAGAGGUGGAAGAGGGAUCGAAGAGCAUGUUGGAUGGUGAGCUGGAGGGAUACAUGCAGAGAGGACAAGCCCAGACAGAUAAGAGCUGUCAAAAGAGAAAGCGUCCGGCCAAGGAGAGACUGGGCCCGCGGGCUGAGAUGGACUUGAAGGGUCGAUAUGAGAUCAUUGAGGAUGACCCUGAAGAGAAAGUGGUUGAUGAAAUCGCACACAGACUCAUGGAGCCAAAGAAGGAUCUAAUAGAGCGUGUGGUGAGAGUUAUUGGGAAAAAAAAAGCCAUCGAGCUUCUGUCAGAGACGGCAACAAUUGAACAAAAUGGAGGUCUCUACACUGUGGAUGGUAGUAGGAGACGGACACCUGGUGGAGUGUAUCUGAACUUACUGAAGAACACACCCAGUAUCUCUGAUGGGCAGGUGAAGGAGAUCUUUUAUGAGGAGAACCAGAAAGAAUACAACAGCAAAAAGGCUGCUAAGAAGCGACGGAAGCAAAUUGUUGCGAAGAAGAUGAAGCAAGCCAUUAGCACGCUCAAUCUACAGGAACAUGAUGACGUGUCACGAGAAACGUUCGCUAGUGACACUGAAGAGGCUUUGGGGUCCCUGGAGGAGGGCCCGUCGGAGUCUGCACUGGGCACAGAGGACAACCCUGUAGUGUACAACACAAACGACCUAGAGGUUUUCUGAUGCUCAACACUUACAUGCAUGUUGUGCUUUCUCGUUCUGUUCUAGUUUUAGUCCCAAAACGGCUUGGAAGGACUUCGACUUUAACUCUCAGGAUGAAAGAAGACAUUUGAUUUGUCAUAAAUUAGUCAGUAACUGUGGAUGUCUGAUGUUUUGAUUUUGUCCUAAAGUUCACAAAUAGCACUUUUAAGUUCUCUACAGGUUGUUAAACUCUUUAGCUCUUUAAAAGACUAUCAGAAGCAGCCAAAGGUUGUACAGAUUUUCUACAGGUCUUGGCUGGUUUAGAAUGAUGUUAAUAAAUUGUAAUCUUUUUCUGUCUGAAUAUUUUGCAAGCUUUUGAUACAUUACUGUGUUUUUGGAGAAUGGAUUGCAGCAAGAACAUAUUAUAAAUGUACUAAUUUCAAAGGAUCUUGUAUUUUAGACAUUGGAAAUGCUCUAAAUAUUUGCUAAAGGUGCACUGAUCAGUUAUGCAGUACAUGCUUGAUGUAUGAUACAAAAUUCAAGCUUGGCUUUGUCAGCAUAUCAGUUGUGAUAUUGGCUCAAAUUUCUGUGAUUGAUUGAAAUGUCUCUUUUUUCGAAUCCUUUUACUUACCCUGUAUCUUUUUGCAAGACUCCCUGUAUCUGAGUGCAAUGAUGGUUCAGCUGAAUUGAUACUUUGUAAGAAGGUAAUAACAUUCUUGAACAGAUUUAUUUUUAAGCUUCAGAAAAUUAAAAAUUAAAACCAAACCCUUA